AUGGGGAGCCAGAAGCGUAUAGCGAAGGAACUGACCGAGCUCGUCGGAUCUCCCCCAGAGGGAAUCACGGUCGAGCUUGCCGACGAAUCCAACCUAUACGAUUGGAAGGUAUUCAUGGAAGGGCCUGAAGGAUCACCAUACCAGGGUGGAAAAUUCCUCGUCAAACUCUCCUUGCCUACCGAAUACCCUUUCAAACCGCCCACCGUUUCGUUCGGAACCAAGAUCUAUCACCCAAAUGUCACAAACGAUGAAAAGGGGAGCAUGUGCUUAGGCAUGCUGCGCGCAGACGAGUGGAAGCCCAGCUCCAAGAUUGCCGCUGUACUGCAGUUUGCACGCCAGCUGCUAUCUGAACCGAUGCCUGAUGACGCUAUCGAGGGCAGGAUUGCAGAACAAUACAAGAACGACCGGAGUCGGUAUGAUGAGAUAGCGCGCGAAUGGACUCGCAAAUGGGCGACAUCCCAAUAG